GGGUCGCGACACACUGAGAGGCACAAGCUGUUGCGGUUAAUCAGAGACAGCGCUCACACUGAGAAGACUAAGCAAGAGGAGGAAGGCAGGGUAGUUUUUGCACUGCACAGGUCAGCUGCAGGUCCUCAGCUCCAGAGAGCUUAUGUGUGAUGCGUUUGGCUGACAAACGAAUUCAUCUGAGGAAGAAAUGAGCUUGGGGGCAGCGUGUAUUUUCUUGCGGGGAGGGAAAAACAUUACAAGACAGCUGGCUGAUGAUGAGAUUGAUGAGUUGCGUGAUGCAUUCAAUGAGUUUGAUAAAGACAAGGACGGGCUGAUCAGCUGUAAGGACCUGGGCAACCUGAUGAGGACAAUGGGUUAUAUGCCCACUGAGAUGGAGCUGAUCGAGCUGAGUCAAAAUAUCAACAUGAACCUCGGUGGCAGAGUCGACUUUGACGACUUUGUGGAGUUGAUGGCCCCGAAACUGCUGGCAGAGACGUCUGGAAUGAUCGGUAUGAAGGAGCUGAAAGACGCCUUCAAAGAGUUUGACAUGGAUGGAGAUGGAGAGAUCACAACGGAGGAGCUGCGAUCAGCCAUGAUGAAGCUGAUGGGAGAGCACAUGAGCCGGAGAGAAAUCGAUGCCAUAGUGAAAGAGGCCGAUGACAACGGGGAUGGCACAGUAGAUUUUGAAGAAUUUGUCAGAAUGAUGUCCCAUCAAUGACAGUCGAGGACAAGGCCAGUCAGGAACAUUCAUUUGCACCUCUACAAACACGCACUAACACUGAUGCUGUUCUUUUCUGGGCAUGCAAAUGUUAAAAUUAGAUGCUCAAAACAAGCAAUAUCAGACUGAUCUCAGAGCAGAUUUUAUAGCUAUGCAAAGAAUUACAAUUUGUAAUGAUUUUUCAAGCAUAAGAGUGCUAAAAAAAAACCAAACUCCGUUGUUAUGUUUCAUCAUAUAUACCAGGCAUGUCAAACUCAUUUAGUUCACUUUGAUCCUAGUGGGCAGUGGAAAGAAGUCUAAGUAUAUAUUUAAUCACUGAAAUAUCUUAAUAUAAGAAAAAGAAGUCCAAGUAUGUCUCAGUUUUUUCACAUGAUAAAGAAAUAAUGCUCUAGUAAAUAAAAUAAACCCUUAGCAUAGGCUUAGAUUGUGAGAAAUAACUGUGUAAGAUUACAGAAAAAAUCAGAAAGUUCCUGUUACUUCACACCUUUUUUGUGGACUUAAAACUGAAACUUCUAUUUCUUCAUCAGCAGGAAAAAACUCCAAAACUUAACAAUACAUUAAAAGUCCAAAAAUGUAUGCAUAUCUUCGAAAGGCAUCUCGUGGACCAGAUUGUAAUCUUUGCCAGGCCCACUCUGGCCCCUGGGCCUCAUGUUUGACAACCCUGAUAUAGACUGUAUACAGUGGAUGUUUGUUGAAAUGGAAUUGUUUUUAUAUUUGUAUUGUUAUUAAAUUAUUCUUACCAUUUAAACAAUGUUACAACAAAGCAGGAUGUAAAGUUAAGUCACUACUGUACUGUACAUUAUUAACCUGAGCUGGUUGUAUUAGGUAAUCUGUAACUAACUUCCAACAAGUGAAGCAGUAACAUGGAUCUGCCUUUUCUUUGGCAAAGCACAAAAUAAAACAUCUGAUCUGAACAUCUGAAAA